AAUAAAAUGAUAAAUUCAAGAAAAAGAAAAGCAGAAAAAAAGAAAAGAAAAGAAGGGUUGUUGUUGUUGUGCUACAAUGAAUGCUUGUUCUAAUGGCUUCAUUUCUUGAACAUUGACGGACAAAUCAAUCUUUCUCUCUCUGUAACACUCUUUUCCUCUCUCUACUCGUAUAAAUAUUCCAUCUUUAUGUGUAUUACUACUACAAAAAUUUGUGGGUUAUAUGAGUCUUUUGUGGGUUUUUGAUUUUGAUUUCGAUUUCUGAGGAUUUGAGAUAGAGAUGGUUUUGGUUUUGGUUCUUGGUUAAUGUGCAAUCUUUAAGCUCAAUUUCAGCCACACUGUUGUUGUUUUACCAGAAGCGACAUCGGUCAUAAAAUAAUCCAGAUCAAAUAAACAAACCAGUUUCGAAAAAGAUUUGAUCGCUCAAAUCCAUCAAUGGCUGUUGUUGAAAAUGCUCGUAGUAUCAACGUUGUCGCCUCCGAUGUCGAUCAGUCAACAAAAUCCUCCUAUAACAACCGUAACCCUGUAACUAUUUCUCACCGAUCAAACGAUUAUCAUCAUCAUCAGCAACUACAGAAGGUGACAGCACUUCAGCCGCCGUCGACCAACGGCAGCAGCAUCACCGGCAAUGGUUACGUUGCCGGUGAUGAUGAUGCUGGAGAUGGGUUUAAGAAAGAGAUGAGCGAUUUGGAAGAAAUGUUGUCAAAACUUAACCCUAUGGCUGAAGAAUUUGUCCCCCAUCAAAGGCCUCAGUUACUGCCAUCAUCAGCUGCUCCUGCGGCCCAAUUUGGUUAUGCUGCUGUUAACAAUUUCUUAGUUCAUGCUAACAACGCUGUUUUCGCCAAUGGCACUCCCGCUAGAAGGAAGGGUAAUUUCAGUCAUGGGAAGAGAAGGAUGAAUAGCCGAACAAGCAUGGCGCAAAGAGAUGAUGUGAUCAAGAGAACUGUUUAUGUGUCCGAUAUCGAUCAGCAGGUAACUGAAGAACAGCUUGCAGCUCUCUUUGUUAACUGUGGACAGGUUGUGGACUGCCGUGUAUGCGGUGACCCUAAUUCUGUUCUUCAUUUUGCCUUUAUUGAAUUUACUGAUGAGGAAGGUGCAAGAAAUGCAUUGAGUCUUGGUGGAACUAUGCUUGGAUACUACCCUGUGAGGGUUCUGCCUUCGAAAACUGCAAUUGCACCUGUAAAUCCGACCUUUUUACCCCAGUCUGAAGAUGAGAGGGAAAUGUGUGCAAGAACCAUCUACUGUACUAACAUCGAUAAGAAGGUUACUCAAGCAGAUGUUAAAUUGUUCUUUGAAUCACUUUGUGGAGAGGUUUACCGCUUGAGGUUGCUUGGGGACUAUAAUCAUUCCACCCGUAUUGCCUUUGUUGAGUUUGUGAUGGCUGAAAGUGCAAUUGCAGCUCUGAACUGCAGUGGUGCGGUGCUGGGAUCAUUGCCGAUAAGGGUGAGCCCUUCGAAGACUCCAGUCCGCCCACGUGCACCCCGUUCCGCCAUGCACUGAUUAGCUUCGGAUUUCUUUUAGAUCGAUCUGCUGCUCUAUAUCUACUACUUAUACAUGCAUAGAUAGAUACAGAGAAACUGUUGGUGGUGGCAUUUAUGUUUCUGGUUCCGUCUGAUGCAUCGAGUCCAAGUAUAUGGUUCGUAGGCUCCCGAGACUCUGUUAACCUUUUAGUUAAACGCACGGCACUAUUUCAAGUUUCCACUAGGCCUUAGUUUUACUCGCCCGUUUAUUUUAUUUUUUGCAAUAUUUACCGAUAUUUUAGUGCAAUUUUAUCAAGGUUUUGUCACAAUGCAGGAUAUGUGCACCUUUGUGUAUUAGUUGCAAGAUUUUUCUGCCACAUUUGCUCGCUA